AUGGCAAAGUGGACUGUGCCACUGCUUCCACUGCUGAUUGUGGUAGAUGGUAUAUGUUUCACAGAGUUAGCACAAGCUUGCAGUCGGCUUGGUCAGCCUGCCCUCCCUCUACUUUCUGCAGAAAAAGACAUUAACAUUGGGGCGAUUUUUACAAUCCACAGAAAUGCUCUGCUAAAGAUUCAUCCGUUCAAUUCCAAACCAGAAUCAACAACAUGUGUCAGCUUGAAUUUGCGUGAAUUUAAAUUUGCUCAGACACUGAUUUUUGCCAUUGAGGAGAUAAAUAACAGCACACAACUGCUGCCUGAUGUUUCUUUGGGCUAUAAGAUAUAUGAUUCCUGUGGCUCUAUAGCUCAGACUAUCCAAUCGGGCAUGGCUUUGAUGAAUGGCUAUGACAAGACUUUGAAUGAUACGUCCUGCUUUAGACCACCAGCUGUUCUUGCCAUUAUUGGAGAGUCAACAUCCUCACCCACCAUUGGUUUAGCAUCUGUUAUUGGCCCUUUCAGCUUACCUGUUAUCAGUCAUUUUGCCACAUGUGCAUGCCUGAGUGACAGAAAGAGGUAUCCAUCCUUCUUCAGAACAAUACCCAGUGAUUAUUACCAAAGCAGAGCUCUGGCUCAGCUUGUCAAGCACUUUGGCUGGACCUGGGUUGGGACGGUCAGGAGUCGCAGUGACUAUGGUAAUAAUGGCAUUGCAGCAUUUGAGGAGGCUGCAAAAGAAGAGGGGGUUUGUAUUGAAUACUCAGAGGCCAUUUUUCGAACUGAUCCACAAGAGCAGUUUCUGAAGACACUGGAAGUGAUAAAAAAGGGCACCGCCAGGGUGGUGCUGGCUUUUAUCGCACUAGGAGAUUUUGUCCCCCUUGUGAAUUUAAUUGCGCAACACAAUAUCACAGGGCUGCAGUGGGUUGGUACGGAAUCCUGGAUUACUUCUCGAACUCUAGCAGAAACUAAGGAAUACAGUUUCCUUUCUGGAGCAGUGGGCUUUGCUAUAGCAAAUGCCAAACUUGUCGGCCUACAAGACUUCCUAGUAAAUGUGCACCCUGAUAAAGAACCACGCAAUGAACUGUUAAAAGAAUUCUGGGAAACAGCUUUUCAGUGCUCUUUCAGGAAGAGUGGCAGUGGUGGCUGUACUGGUUCAGAGAAAUUGGCAGAACUCAAAAAUGAAUAUAUUGAUGUAUCAGAGCUGCGAAUAGCAAAUAAAGUGUACACUGCAGUGUAUGCCGUUGCACAUACACUACAUAAUACAUUAAAAGACUUUUCCUCCAACACCAGUAAAAGAGAAUGGCCUUCACCAAAAAAGGUGUUGGAGUAUAUAAAGGAUGUAAGAUUCACUGUUAAAACAGGUGAAGAAAUCUUCUUUGACACAACUGGUGAUCCAGUAGCGAGAUAUGACUUGGUGAACUGGCAGUCUGCCAAGGAUGGAACUCUGCAGUUUAAGCAUGUGGGUCUCUAUGACAGCUCACUGCCUUCAGCACAACGUCAGCGUCUUCAAGUCAAUCAAGAACACAUGCUAUGGGCAGGGAACAGUGAACAGUUGCCUGUGUCCAUGUGCAGUGAGAGCUGCCCCCCCGGCACUAGGAAGGCUGUGCAAAAAGGACGACCUGUCUGCUGUUAUGACUGUAUUCCAUGUGCAGAAGGAGAAAUCAGUAAUGGCACAGAUUCUAGUGACUGCUUUCCUUGUGAUUUGGAGUACUGGUCGAAUGAAAGCAAAGACAGAUGUGUAUUAAAAGUGGUUGAAUUCCUUUCCUAUACAGAAAUCAUGGGGAUGGUGCUUUGUAUUUUCUCUUUCAUUGGGUUGUUAUUAACGAUAAUUGUAUCUCUUCUCUUUUAUCUUCAUAAAGAAACACCUAUUGUCAGAGCCAACAACUCAGAGCUGAGCUUCCUGUUGCUCUUCUCACUCUCACUGUGUUUUCUCUGUUCACUUACUUUCAUUGGUCAACCCACUGAGUGGUCCUGUAUGUUGCGUCAUACAGCAUUUGGGAUCACUUUUGUCCUCUGUAUCUCCUGUGUUCUGGGGAAAACAAUAGUGGUAUUAAUGGCUUUUAGGGCUACACUUCCAGGAAGUAAUGUCAUGAAAUGGUUUGGGCCUCUUCAACAGAGACUUAGUGUUGUUUCCUUAACAUUAAUACAGGUGAUUAUAUGUGUGCUUUGGUUAACAAUAUCCCCACCUUUUCCAUAUAUGAAUUUGAGCUAUUUCAGAGAAAAGAUCAUCCUAGAAUGUAACUUAGGUUCAGCUCUUGGUUUCUGGGCUGUUCUGGGUUAUACUGGUCUGCUAUCAAUCUUGUGUUUUAUUUUAGCUUUUCUUGCUCGUAAGCUCCCUGAUAAUUUCAAUGAAGCCAAGUUCAUCACAUUCAGUAUGCUCAUAUUCUGUGCUGUCUGGCUCACAUUUAUACCAGCUUAUGUCAGUUCUCCUGGAAAAUUUACUGUAGCCGUUCACAUAUUUGCUAUUUUAGCGUCAAGCAUUGGUUUACUAUUUUGCAUAUUUGCUCCAAAAUGUUACAUAAUUUUGCUAAAACCAGAGAAAAACACAAAGACACACAUAAUGGGUAAAUCUUCAUCUACAACUCUUUAA